AUGGGUACACCAAAAAGGAUAAAAACAGACAAUGGACCUGCCUAUGUGAGUAGAAGGAUCGAGCAGUUUUUUGCCAAUUGGGGAAUCACACACACUACCGGGAUUGCACAUUCCCCCACAGGGCAGGCCAUCAUAGAGAGAGCCAAUGGGAUGCUAAAAAGGUAUCUUGAAAACAUGAAGAACCGAGCUGUACUUCAUAUUGCUCUGAGAAAUCGUUCCAAUGUGCCAAUACUUGUAGAUGGGAAGGAUGUUGUUCCAGAAGUAAACAAAGUGUUGGACAAAAUGAAACACUUCUGCCAGCGGGUCCGUAGUGGCGAAUGGAAAGGCUACACUGGAAAGGCAAUCACUGAUGUGGUCAAUAUUGGGAUUGGUGGCUCUGACUUGGGCCCUCUGAUGGUAACUGAAGCUCUGAAACCAUAUUCCAAGGGAGGUCCUCAUGUUUGGUUUGUAUCCAACAUUGAUGGUACUCAUAUAGCCAAAACCCUGGCUGAGCUUAAACCAGAUGCCACGCUCUUCAUCAUUGCAUCAAAGACUUUUACCACCCAAGAAACUAUCACCAAUGCAGAGACAGCCAAAGAGUGGUUCUUGCAUGCUGCUAAUGAUCCUUCAGCUGUGGCCAAGCAUUUUGUUGCCUUGUCUACCAAUGCUCCUAAAGUUAAAGACUUUGGAAUUGACCCAGAGAACAUGUUUGAGUUUUGGGAUUGGGUUGGUGGCCGCUACUCUCUGUGGUCUGCCAUUGGUCUCUCCAUUGCCCUGCAUAUUGGUUUUGACAAUUUUGAGAGCCUGCUUGCAGGAGCCCACUGGAUGGAUAAUCACUUCCGCACUGCCCCGCUGGAGAAGAAUAUGCCUGUUCUGUUGGCCAUGCUGGGGGUCUGGUAUAUAAACUGCUAUGGAUGUGAAACCCAUGCUCUUCUGCCCUAUGACCAAUACAUGCACCGCUUUGCUGCCUACUUCCAGCAGGGUGAUAUGGAAUCUAAUGGCAAAUACAUUACCAAGAAAGGCUCUCGAGUGGACUACAAUACUGGCCCUAUUGUGUGGGGAGAGCCUGGCACCAAUGGGCAGCAUGCUUUUUACCAGCUCAUUCAUCAAGGAACUCGCAUGAUUCCUUGUGACUUUCUGAUCCCAGUCCAGACCCAGCAUCCAGUCAGAAAUGGCUUGCAUCACAAGAUCCUUUUAGCCAACUUCCUUGCUCAGACUGAGGCCCUGAUGAAAGGAAAGACUGCUGAUGAAGCUCGUAAGGAACUUCAAGCAGCAGGACUGAGUGGAGAUGUUCUGGAGAAGCUCCUUCCCCAUAAGGUCUUUGAGGGAAAUCGACCAACCAACUCCAUCAUAUUUACAAAACUCAACCCAUUCACUCUAGGAGCCAUCAUAGCCAUGUAUGAGCACAAGAUAUUUGUUCAAGGAAUUGUCUGGGAUAUUAACAGUUAUGAUCAGUGGGGAGUUGAGCUUGGAAAACAACUUGCCAAGAAAAUUGAACCUGAACUGGAGUCAGAUGCUCCAGUGACAUCUCAUGAUAGCUCAACAAAUGGGCUCAUCAGUUUCAUCAAAAAACACAGAGCCUGAAAUGAAAGAUCUGGAGGAGAUGGACAAUCUAUUUCAUUAAAAAACACAG